GCGUGUGUGAGAAGCUUAGUGAGUGUGAGCGCGGUGAAAGGAAAGGCUGUCUAAUCUUUGUAUCCAAAGGUGUCCAAGGAUGACAGGAGGCUUGAAGGGGCUGCUGCUUUUGUCUCUGUGUCUUGUGGUGUGGACAGUGCCAAUAGAUCGCAACCAAGACCCUCCCCAUGAGGAGAGAGCAGAGGAGAAUGCGGAUACUGGUCUGUACUAUGACCGUUACCUCAGAGAGGUGAUUGAGGUGCUGGAAACUGACCCUCACUUCAGAGAAAAACUUCAGACUGCCAACACAGACGACAUCAAGAAUGGGCGCCUCAGCAAGGAGUUGGAUUUGGUGGGCCACCAUGUGAGGACGCGACUGGAUGAGCUGAAGAGGCAAGAGGUCUCACGCCUCCGGAUGUUGCUGAAGGCUAAACUGGACAGCACCAACGCACAGAUUGUUCAGAUGGAUCACAUCUCCUUGUUGAAGCAGUUUGAACAUCUGGACCCUCAUAAUCAGAACACAUUUGAAGCCAAAGACCUGGAGCUGCUUAUCGUAACGGCCACUAAAGAUCUUGAGAAUUACGAUGCGGAGCGUCACGAGGAGUUUAAGCGCUACGAGAUGCUGAAAGAACACGAGAGGAGGGAGUACCUGAAGAGUUUGGACCAGGAGAAGAGAGAGAACGAGGAGAAGAGAAUCGAGGAGCUGAAAGAAAAGCAUCGGCAACACCCUAAAGUUAACGCUCCGGGUAGCGUGGAUCAGUUACGGGAGGUCUGGAAAGAGACAGAUGGGCUGGAUCCACAGGAGUUCAAUCCCAAGACAUUCUUUAAUCUCCACGAUACGAAUGGUGACAGUGUGUUGGAUGAGCAAGAGCUGGAGGCCCUUUUCACAAAAGAGCUGGAGAAGGUGUAUGAUCCCAAGAAUGAAGAGGAUGACAUGAUGGAGAUGGAGGAGGAGAGGCUGAGGAUGCGAGAACAUGUCAUUCAAAACGUAGAUCUCAAUCGUGAUAGACUGGUCAGCCUGGAAGAGUUCCUCAAAUCUAUGGAGAAGAAAGAGUUUAACAACCCGAAGGAAUGGGAGACACUGGAUGAUACAAAGCCAGUGUACACCGAAGAGGAGCUGCAGCGCUUUGAGGCAGAACUUCGGGAUAGGGAGGUGGAGCUUGGCAGAAGGGCGGAGAAAUUACGACAGGAGCAGGAACUUCUCAAAGAGAGAAGCAAAGCCCUAGAAGCCCAGAAACGAGAAUAUCAGCAGGCAGUAAUGGAGAUGUCACAAAAACAAAAGGAGCAACAGGCACUGAGAUUUGAGACUUUAGUCUUUGUCUUGCCCAGCUUUGGCCAUUUGUGCUAA